GAUCGUUUUUUUUUUUUUUUUUGUAGUAAAGACUUUAAGGUAUGUGUCUGUAUAGAAACUGAUUUUAAAAUAAAUGUACCCUGAGAAAUAUUAUUGGAGUAGUGUGACAACUAGCCCCGGUGUGAUUAAAAGGAAGCAGGACGGUGGGCGGAGCUUCGAGUACGUUAGAGAGUGAGGGAGCGCGCUUGGACUCACAGUCUGACUGCUGCCACACUGCACUCAGUGCAGGGACACAGGCACACUGUUCAGUAUCUCGCGUCUCUUAUUAAAGACACCGGGGUUAUUUCAGCGCUUUCCUGCAGGAGUGACAGUGAAAUUAACACAAGCUGACCUCAGCAGACCACAUUUAACGGAAUUUAACGCGCGUUUUCUGCAUGCGUAGAGCGAGUUGCACCCCGUUCAGCGGACAAAGUUUAUUUCUGCUUCACGGUCCCAUGAAGCUGGACAGGAGUUUGAAUUAACACGCCAGUCAGAAUAUAUCUAUGUGACGGCACACAGAACCAUGGUGAAAACUGUAUGGAGAUAGACAUCCUCUUUCCAACAAGGGAAAAGGAAUUAUUUUUUGUGACAUCCUCGUUUUCCAAGCUCUCUUCUGGAAGUGUGUCCAAUAUUUAAAGACAUUUGUCCAGCAUGGCAUCCAGCCUGACAUGCACAGGGAUGAUCUGGGCUCUGGUGUCCCUGCUGAGCGCAGCAGCUUCCUGCGUGGGCUUCUUCAUGCCCUACUGGCUGCUGGGCUCACAAAUGGAUAAACCAGUGUCCUUCGGCACUUUCCGGCGGUGCUCAUAUCCCGUUCGGGAUGAGGAGAGGCAGGCUACGGUCAUGCUGGAGCAGUGUGGGCGCUACGCGAGCUUUCAUGGCAUCCCGAGUGUGGAAUGGCGGAUCUGUACAGUUGUGACGGGGGUCGGAUGCGGCCUGCUGCUGCUGGUGGCACUCACGGCACUCAUGGGCUGCUGCAUAUCAGAGCUCAUCUCCAGAACCAUCGGACGCGCAGCAGGGGGAAUGCAGUUUCUUGGAGGUCUGCUCAUUGGUUCAGGAUGUGCUCUGUAUCCUCUCGGGUGGGACAGUGAGGAGGUCCGACAGACGUGUAACAACAGCUCAGAUCAGUUUGAACUUGGCUCUUGUCAGAUCGGCUGGGCAUAUUACUGCACCGGGGCGGGCGCCGCCUCCGCCAUGUUGCUGUGCACUUGGCUCGCAUGUUUUGCAGGGAAGAAACAAAAGCAAUACCCGUACUAGAAGAACGGACCUCAACUACGGCCUGAAUCACAGCAGAACGGAUGCCUUAGACUCAGUGGAGACCGGAUCUGCGGUCCAAGGCAUGAUGGCUUUCCUCAAUUACUGCAACUCCGACUCAUAAAGACUAUAUAAUAAUAAUGCUCAUAUGGACAUUUGUGUGAUUCACAUGAGCAUGCACUUUUCAAAGAGGCGUGAUUUUUGACAGUACUUCCUCUGCUCUCUAAAAAACUAGAGAGUCUUUAACGCAAAAGGACCAAUUAUUUUUUUUUUUUAUGACCACUGUUAUGAAUUUUACAGGCGUACUUGUUUCUUUUUCCCUUUCUCUGAAAUUGAUAUUGUAAAAGUAAGCUUUAGUUCAAAUGUAAAAAGAUAAGUAACACUUACUUGAAGUCUGUAUAUAUAAUGUAUUAGUAUUAUUGUGCCCUAUAAUACAUCUUAUGAUCACUAGUAUGUUAGAGACCUUUAAAAAAUAAAUUCAUUAAUAAUUAGGCUUUAAUUUAAAAAUGUUUAAUCAGCAUUACAUUUAAAUAAUAUUACAUUUAAUAUAUAUAUAUAUAUAUAUAUAUAUAUAUAUAUAUAUAUAUAUAUUAUUUAUGUAAAUAUAUACAAUUAAAAUGUGUUAAAGAAUUAAGAAAUACCUUCAUACAUACAUUAUAUAUACAGACUUCAUGUAUAUUUCAAGUGUUAUGAAAAGAUAUAUUUAUCGUUAUUGUGAAGUCUUUAUAUUUACAUAUCCAUUGUGAAAUGCAAUAAUAUCCAUGGUUAAUAUCUCUGUAUUACAUUUUUUGUUUAAAAGCUUGAUCAUUUUUACAUAAAUGUAUGCUAGAUAUAUAGAGUACAAUAUAUGUUCUGGUGACAUAUGUUUUUAUCUUAUUGACAUAUUGUGUUAAAAAGACAACAAGAAGGAAUCAUUGCUUAUUUGAUUCAUCUUUUGUUCGUGAAUAAAAUCUGUUUAUCAACA